AUGCUAAAAUAAUACAAAGGCCCGCAAAAAAAUUAAAUUAGUGACUAAGAUAAAGAGUCUAACUCUGCGAAUACUGCUGGCAGAGGCAAAAAACCCACAAACCAACCAGAAAGAAAAGACCUAACCCCUAACCUCAGAAAAGAGAAAGGUAUUUUCUUCUCAAAUAAUCAAAUUUCCUCUAAACUCACUUUAUGUGUAGAACCAUAAUAGUUAUCUAGUAAUAAGGGAUCUUCAUCGGUUAAAAAAUCUAAGAGCAGGAGUAAGACACCAGAAAAAGUUGGCGAUAAAACAGCCCUUAAAAAGAAGGUUCAGUUUGAAGACCCAGUUUAAGAAGCUAAGGACUCAAACGUGAUAAGUGUCAGAAGUUCAAAUGAGGUCGAGGAGAUCAAUACUAGCACAGAUUUCAGCCAUAACAAAAUUAAAGAUAUCAUCAUGAAUUGUUCUGAAAAUGCAAAACUUCUACCUUAACCCACCGAAAAUCUCAAUAUUACUCAUCAAGCGUAGGCUCUCUAUAUGUAGAGGGAUGAUAAUAUGUUCAAUCCAGUUUCAGAUGUCUCGUAAAUUCAAAACUUUUACUAGCCUAAUGGAAUCAACCAUUCAUCUUUUAAUGGUUAAGAAGGUCAGAACGAAUUAAAUAAUGGGAGUAAUGCAAACAUUAUUGAAGCUGUAAUCUCUGCUUAAAAUAAGAAAAAGGUCCUUGACAGAAUGGCAAGAAUUGAAAUUGAAUUAGAGCCUGAUCAAGCAACUAUAGUCUCAUUUCACUAUGAAUACAAAGAGUAUCUUGACGAAAUGAACCUGAUGGAUCCUGAGAGAGCACUUUAUGAAGAAGCCUUAGCAAGAAAGAAAAUGCAAAAAGAUUUAUCUUCCUAAUAGGAUAAAAAGGAGGAAGUAGCCAAAGAAAAUGAAAUUAAUCUUGAUAAUGAUGAGUAAUCAAUGAUGGAAGAAACUUCUCCCUUCCCAAAUUCAGGAAAAUCAAAAUUCGAAGUGCUGCUUAAAUCAAUGAUAGCAAGAAUAGAAUACAACAAUUGUCUUGCCCCAGUAUAAGAGUAUGCUAGACAUCAGUAAAAUUUCUAAAACAAAAAGAAAAAGCUUAAAAAGAAGAUUCCUGUAGUUUUAGCUCAAGGUUAAGAUGAGCCAUUGGCUGAAGACUCAAUUAUUGAAAAAGGACCAAAGUACGAUGACAACUACUAUGAUCUUGAUGAUGAUUUCAUUGAUGAUGAAGAGCUUGAGAUAAAUCAAGAUGAGAUGGUGGCAGAGAUGAUUGGAGAUGGCUAAUCUGGGGUUCUCAGCUAGAUUCAGGGGUAAGAAAGUGAAUCCUUUGAAGAAGUUAAAGCCUCGAAUGAGAAUAAAGAAAAUGAUUUUUAAGUUGAUGGAGAUGCAGACGAUGAAGAUUUAGACUAUCUCAAAUACUAGGAGAGAUAUAAUAAAUUACUUAAGGUCUUUAGAGUGUUGCCACCUGACCAUGUGGAUGAUCUUGUUAGAAAAGAAGAGGACAAGCUUAAAUAAAAGAAAGAACAGUAGAAAUAAAAGGAAAGCUAGCUAAAUAAUUUGGUUUAGAGCACUCUCAACUUAAACCCAAACAAUCAAAAUAAGAUCAAACAGAAUUCAAAUGUUCCAUUACAAAUAAUCUAGCAUAAUCAAAAUAGUGCUGAAAAACCCUCUAAAAAUAACAAAAAGAGAACUAGAGAAGAAUUUGAAAAUUUUAAAGUAGAUGAUAUGACAAUAGAUGACAUCAUAAAUACUCUAAGGACUAGAGUUCUUAAUGGAGAAACAUUAAACUCUUUUAAAAAGGAAAUUUAAUAACUAGCAGAGAGAGUCGAAAAGAAGGAUCCUAAUUGGUCUGACAAAACAUCAGAAGUUGUUUCAAUGAAGCUUUCAUAAAUUCUCUAAAAGUCCUAGCAGGAGAUGCUAUUCAUGCUCCAAAGAACGUUUUUAUUAGAGAAAAAAAAGAAAAAGAAAAUUGAAUUGGAUAAACAUGUUAGUAUUGGAAAGUCAAAACUUGAGUUCGACCUCAAGAGUUAAAACAAAAAAAGUGAUUAAGACUAUGUGGAUUUAGCCACUCUUGAUGCUAAAAUAACGAGAUUUUCAAUGAGUGAGGAUUUGAAAAAUGUUAUAUAGAAAAUCAUAUCAUCAGUAGAAGAGUAUGUGUAGAUUAUUAACAAUUAUUAGGCAAAAAAGCAAAAAGGUAACGAACAAGCAGCAAAACUAGAGCCUUGCGAUUUCUUCAAUGAAAUCGAUUUAAUAAUUAAGAAUAUAUUGAGUGAAAUUCCUGAGGGAUUGAAAUAGAAAGUCUUUUCCAAAUUGAAUCGAGCAUUCCAAUAACUAAAUCCAAAUGCAGUAAAAGAUUAGGCUUAGGCAAAUUCUGACUCUGACAAUGGAAAUCCAUUAAAGGAACAAGAAAAAUAUUCGGAAAUAGGAAUAUAACCAUAAUCAGUAAAUAGCUAAGUGCAAAAUGGCAUGCCUAAAAAAGGAGUAGUUUGGAAUAAAGUAACAGCUUUCUAUGACUCAUUUACAAGAAAACAAUGA